AAGUAAUAAAUUCAUUCACAAAACGUUCGUGGCGCAGAUCAGACCAGACCAGCUCCCGAAAGUCCCGAACCAGAUCCAGAGUAGUAGUUGGACGACGAUAGACGACGACGUGUCUCUUCUCUGCAGAAGCUUUCAAUUUGUCCCAUCGAAGACACUAAUCUAUCCAUCGUGUUAAGUGGAAGAAUUGUGAAAUUCAGUGGACUUCCACUAGGAAAAUAGAAAGACAACUCAGCCAGUAGUGGUAUAGUGAGGCCAAACUUGGUCCAGCAGAAGCAAACGAAGUGGUGUUCGAAGCAGUGAAGUUCUUGAAGAUACUCUAGAAGCUAGAAAUUGUGAACACAUCUGUGCAAAACAAUGGCUCGAUUGGUGCAAUUGUGUAGUGCGGUGCUGAUUGCUGUCCUGCUACUCAGCAACACCCAGGUGUCGGAACAAGCCAACAUCUUCCUGAAGGACUUUUCGCGGGUCGCACGGUCAGCCAACGAGAACAAGACAGAGAUUUGCUCGAGCAACACGGUGUGCGGCUGGGCGAUCUACAAACCUUUCACCCGACAAAUCGAAAGCUUCGUGAAGAACCCUUGCGAAUGUCCGGAAAAUACGCAGUGCGUCCGCACGAGCGAGGAUCUGUCCAUCAGUGCGUACGAGUACAAGUGCAACCGCAUCAACGCGCCUCCCGUGCAAUAAUCCCGGCAAAUGGGCGCCCCAUUGCUUGCUGCAGACACUCGUGAACUGUACACUAUUCAAUAAGACUACCCCUUCUUUUAAGGUUACUUUUUUUGCUCUUUUUUCACUUUAUUUAAUUUAUAUCCCUUCAUUGGCAUAUUUCCCCUUUCGUCUGAACUCAUCAUUUAGAAAUAAUUAAGAAAGCUAGAAAAAUUCAAAAAACAACCUUAUUUGCAUUGAUUAUUUUUUACACUCAAUAAGCCGGAUAGUUUGUCGGUUUUUUUUUCCAGCCCAUGGAUAGCAUAGCUGAACACAACAUUACUAUUAUGAACUAGUGAGUAAGGUAAUCAUUUGCAAAUGCAGGAGAGAGCAGCUGAUCUUUUGCAAAGAAACACACAAAAAAACUGACAAACAGCGUAAACUCCUAGAAUGUCAAACAAUUCUUCGAAAAAAGUGGAGUAAUAAUCAAUAUUAUUUAGCAAUUAUUUUGUAACAAACGUUUACAAAUGGUCUACAUGAGACACUAAAAUUUCUUUCAAAAAGAAUCCGAAUAAUUUAUGUCCAUCUAUAAAAUAGUCAACACACGUGCAGGAGCAACGGAUUUGAGGGUGCUCAAUCUGUUGCAAACAUAUUUAAAAAAAAAUACAGCAAAAGAAACAUGACUUAUCCCAUCGAACUACAUGUUUUAUACUCUAUAUGCUACCUAUUUAUUCCACUGAAGUAAUAAUUGGCAUUGUCUGGUGACUGUUUAUAAUGAUACUUAACGAACAAGGAAUUUGAUAAAACAAAAAAAAGAAUGAAAUCCUAAAGCCCUUGGGACAGUACAAAUGUGGCACUCUUUCUCCAAUUUGCGAAGAAACGUUUCAAAACACAACAACACAAAAACAAGCUGAUCGAUGCUGAUCAGCCUUGCAAAAAAAAAAAAAUAAAAUCGUAAUGUUAGAAACGUACUUAAAAUUUGAUCCACGAGCUUUUUUAAUUGCCUUUUUACCCUCGGACUCGGGAAGCGCGCGUCAAUUCGUCUUUUUUGUUUCGACAACUCUCUUCAACACAAUAGAAUACAGUAUUUUUACACGCAGACAACAGGUUGCCGGACAGAUAAAUCGUAUUUUUUUAAACGCUCAACAACUAUAGCUUUAUCCAAACACACACAUACCACCAUUUUGUUCCACACACUCACAUACCCACACGCACCCACACGCAAAUAACAUAAAUCAGUAUUUGAUGAAAAGGAAGGAAAAAAGGUUAAAUGCACACACACACACCCACAUCAUCGUAACUGCUGUUAAACAAUCAACAACAGGAGGAGAAAUAAUCUUUUUUUAAUUUUUGCUGAAAUAAAUUGAAUUAGUUAGGAUUUAAGCUUGAUAUUUGUAAUGACUGUAAUGGCAAACACACAACAAGCAUACAUGUUGCAUCAAAGAAAAAAAACAGAAAUAAAUGUAUUGGAUAAAGUAUA